AUGUUGUCAUCCACCAGAACCGCUCUAUAUAGCCUGAAGCUGGCUCAGGCUUCUUCCCGCCCCUUGACUGUAUUCACUCGCGGCUAUGCAACGGCCGAACCGGAUCUUAAGUCCACUCUCAAGGAAGUCAUUCCUGAGAAAAGGGAACUUCUCAAGCAAGUCAAGGCUCGUGGAGAUGAAGUCAUUGGAGAUGUAAAAAUCUCGAAUGUUAUCGGAGGCAUGCGUGGCCUCAAGGCCAUGAUCUGGGAAGGCUCCGUCCUCGACGCCAAUGAAGGAAUUCGAUUCCACGGACGCACCAUUAAAGACUGUCAAAAGGAGCUUCCCAAAGGAACCUCGGGAACAGAAAUGCUCCCCGAAGCCAUGUUCUGGCUUUUGUUGACUGGAAAAGUUCCUACCACGACACAGAUCCGCGCCUUUUCUCGUGAACUGGCCGAGAAAUCAUACCUUCCUCAGCACAUUUUGGAUCUUUUCAAGUCUUUCCCUAAGGAUAUGCAUCCGAUGACCCAACUUUCUGUUGCCGUUGCUGCUCUCAACACCGAGUCCAAAUUCGCCAAGGCUUACGAAAAGGGUCUUCCCAAAGCUGAUUACUGGGAGCCCACUUUUGAAGACAGCAUUUCUCUGCUCGCGAAGAUUCCCCGAGUCGCUGCUCUUGUCUUUCGUCCCAACGAAAUUGAUGCAGUGGCCAACCAAAAACUUGACUUGAACCAGGAUUGGUCUUAUAACUUUGCUGAACUCCUUGGAAAGGGCGGCAAAGAGAAUGAAGAUUUCCACGAUCUUCUUCGUUUGUACCUCGCUCUUCACGGUGACCACGAGGGUGGCAAUGUCUCUGCUCAUGCUACUCAUCUUGUUGGCAGUGCGCUUAGCGAUCCAUUCCUCAGCUAUAGCGCUGGUUUGCUCGGUCUCGCCGGUCCGCUUCACGGUCUUGCCGCUCAAGAGGUCCUUCGCUGGAUCUUGGCCAUGAAGGAUAAUAUUGGCACCAACUUCACUGACAAGGAUGUUAAGGACUACCUCUGGAACACUCUCAAGUCUGGCCGUGUUGUUCCUGGAUAUGGACACGGUGUCUUGCGUAAACCCGAUCCUCGUUUUGAGGCUCUCAUGGACUUUGCUGCUACCCGUCCUGAUGUGCUCGCCAACCCAGUCUUUCAGCUCGUCAAGAAGAACUCUGAGAUUGCACCAAGCGUGUUGAGCGAACACGGAAAGACUAAAAACCCCCACCCCAACGUCGACGCCGCCUCUGGUGUUUUGUUCUACCACUACGGCUUCCACCAACCCCUCUACUACACCGUAACAUUCGGUGUAAGCCGUGCCUUGGGACCUCUGGCUCAACUUAUCUGGAGCCGCGCAUUGGGAUUGCCUAUUGAGCGUCCCAAGUCCAUCAACCUUUCGGGUCUUGUUGGAAAGUAA